UCCGCUCAGUCACGUGACUCCUUCCGCUUCCUCCGUUCUGCAAGCCAUGGUUUUCUUCUGCUCCCAGUAAAACCAGUUAACACCGUAAAAUACCAGAUUACUUGGUAGUCCUGCUGCAGAACAUCUGACGGUCUGCUGGACCAAAAUAGUUACCCAGCUGUUGAGCGUUUUAGGAAUUUAUGGAUGAAAGUUCACCUCGUGCCAAAGUCAGAGCUGAAUUCUGGAUUUAAAGCACGCAGGUGUGGGUCGGAGGUUUUACCGGUUUCUCCGCGCAUGACAGAGACGAGCAUCACAUUUAUUCUGCCGUCCAAAGGUGAGGGGAGUGUGUGAGCUGAGGUUUGUCUCCAUCCUCUCGCUGAGUGAAGCCAACAUGCCAUCCAACAAAUCUGUGUCUGAUGCUCCCAUCACUCAGUUCAACAACUGCAGAAUACUGAGGGAUCACACACUGCAGAGAGAGGACCUGUGGGUGCGAGAAGGGAAGAUCUUAGACCCAGAGAAGCUGUUUUUUGAUGAGCAGGGCUUUGCUGACAGGAGAGUGGACUGUGAAGGCAGCAUCAUCGCUCCAGGCUUCAUAGACGUCCAGAUCAAUGGAGGAUAUGGCGUAGACUUCUCUCAGCCUUCUGAGGACGUCUCAGCUGGAGUUUCCCUUGUGGCCAAGAAGAUCCUGGAGCACGGCGUGACGUCCUUCUGCCCCACUCUGGUCACCUCUCCUCCUGCUGUCUACCACAAGGUUCUUCCUCAGAUCAAAGUACAAAAUGGAGGACGACACGGAGCUGGAGUUCUGGGUUUCCACCUGGAGGGUCCGUUCAUUAGUGCGGAGAAGAAAGGAGCCCACCCGCAGCAGUACCUACGUACGUUCCAGUCCGGAGGGCUCAGGGACCUGAUGGAAGCCUAUGGCAGCCUGAACAAUGUUGCCAUGGUUACACUGGCUCCUGAGCUGGCCUACAGCCAAUCAGUGGUCAGGGAGCUCUGCCAGAGGGGAAUCACUGUGUCAUUAGGUCAUUCAGUGGCCAACCUGUCUCAGGCUGAGGAAGCUGUUCAGCACGGAGCCUCCUUCAUCACUCAUCUGUUCAACGCCAUGCUGCCCUUCCACCAUCGUGACCCGGGGAUUGUGGGUCUCCUGACCAGCGAUCAGAUACCUGCAGGCAGGACAGUGUAUUAUGGGAUGAUCGCUGAUGGGAUCCACACCAACCCAGCUGCCCUGCGGAUUGCUCACAGAGCUCAUCCAUCAGGUUUGGUUCUGGUGACAGACGCGAUCACAGCGAUGGGUCUUCCUCCAGGUCAUCACACUUUAGGCCAGCAGGUCAUCGAGAUCCAGGGUCUCCAUGCCUACGUGGCAGGCACGAAGACGCUCAGCGGCAGCAUCGCCACCAUGGACAUGUGUGUUCGCCACUUCAAACAGGCCUCCGGCUGCAGUGUAGAAGAAGCUCUGGAAGCUGCCUCUCUUCAUCCUGCUCAGCUUCUCAGCAUCAGUCACAAGAAAGGGAAUCUGGACUACGGCUCAGAUGCAGAUCUUGUGCUGCUUGAUGACAACCUGAUUGUAAGAGCAACCUACAUCUCUGGAGAGGAGGUUUGGAGGAAAGGUUCAUAGAAGAAGAAGCCUGGCGACGGAGACUCUGUGCCUUGAUUAAUUCAGAUCUACGUGUGUUUAAUACACUCAGAUUUAUUUUAUCAAUGUGUUUUUGGUAUUAAAUUACUUCAGUCCUGC